AUGGCUACCAACCAGGAAAAAGAGGUAGAAGUUGUCGAUCACUUCUCCAAACCCGCCCUCCUCGACAACGGAAAUGACAACCUCGAAAAACCCACGUCCAUGGAUCGGCUGAUAGCAGACGCAAAAGCCGCUACCGAGAAGGAACACAAGAUGACCUUACUCCAAGGCAUAAGGCUAUACCCGAAAGCAGUGUUUUGGAGUGUAGUGAUUUCGUCGUGCAUUGUUAUGGAGGGUUAUGAUAUUAGUCUUGUGGGGAAUUUGUAUGCGUUUCCAGCUUUUAAUAAAAAGUAUGGAGUGUUGGGGAGUGAUGGAACGUAUCAGAUUCCUGCUAGGUGGCAAUCCGGUUUGAGCAACGGUGCGGCUGUUGGAGAGAUUAUUGGAUUGUUUAUCAAUGGCUAUAUCUCUGAGCGUUUCGGUUAUAGAUUCACUGUCAUGACCUGCUUAGUAUUGCUCUCUGCUUUCACUGCCAUCUUCUUCACGGCUCAAAACGUGCAGACCUUGCUCGCGGCAGAGAUUCUCUGCGGUAUCCCCUGGGGAGUCUUCCAGACAUUGACUGUAACUUAUGCAUCAGAAGUCUGCCCUGUGUCUCUCCGCAGCUAUCUGACUUGCUACGUCAACAUAUGCUGGGGUAUUGGUCAAGUCAUUGGCGUAGGCGUGAUCAAGGCCAUGUUGAACCGUAGCGAUCAAUGGGCUUAUCGUAUCCCCUACGCCCUGCAAUGGAUGUGGCCUUUGCCUCUAUUUAUCGGUGUGCUAUUUGCACCCGAAUCACCCUGGUGGCUCGUCCGCAAAGGUCGCGUCGAAGACGCUAAAAAGUCGCUCCUCCGCUUGACGAGUCUUAACAGAGAAACCGAUUUUGAUGCCAACGAGACCAUCGCCAUGAUGGUGCACACCACCGCCCUCGAGCAAAAAAUUACCUCUGGCUCCAGUUACUGGGACUGUUUCAAGGGCACCGACCUCCGUCGAACGGAAAUUGUCUGCAUGGUCUGGGCCAUUCAGAAUCUGAGCGGUAAUUCGUUCUCGAAUUAUUCAACUUACUUCUUGGAGCAGGCUGGUCUGAGUUCGUCGGAUUCGUAUUCUUUUGCCUUGGGACAGUAUGGGAUUAAUAUUAUUGGUGUGUUUGGUGCCUGGGGUCUGAUGGCAAUGGGCGUUGGUCGUCGCACGCUUUAUCUUUUUGGGUUAUGUGGGUUGUUUUCGAUGUUGUUCGUUAUGGGAUUUUUGGGUCUUGUCCCCGAGGCCCAUCGUACACAGGGUGCACUCGCCACAGGGUCAAUGAUGAUUAUCUGGGCUCUCUUCUACCAAAUCUCCGUCGGUACCGUCUGUUACUCUCUAGUGGCUGAAAUCUCCACCCGCCGCCUACAGAUUAAGACUGUCGUCCUGGGCCGAAACCUGUACAACAUCGUUGGCAUCAUCACCGGCGUCCUGACCCCUUAUAUGCUCAACCCCACCGCCUGGGAUUGGGGUAACUACGCCGGCUUCUUCUGGGCUGGCUUGUGUUUCCUGUGUAUUGUGUACACGUAUUUCCGUAUUCCAGAACCCACUGGCCGCACGUUCGCGGAGUUGGAUGCGUUGUUUGAGAAGGGGGUUAGUGCGAGGAAGUUUGCCUCGACUAAAAUCAAUGUCUUUACCGAAGAAGUUGAUAAGGACGUUGGGGAUACGUAUAAGGAUGUUUAUCGGAAUGAGCAUCACUGA